AUGGCCCUACAACUCCUCACUGCCCCCACCAGAUCCUCGGCCCCGCCUCUCGGAGGCGCUGUCGUCUUAGCGUUCCUCGUGCAUCUCGGCACCAACGAGGUGCGGCCACCAUCCACUACCCAUGACGUGUCUGCAAACAAUCUGUAUCAAUAUCUGCUUUGCUGUAGACGAGGAGGCCACAAGUCCCACGCAUGUUACGCCUGUCACUUCAGUAUCGUGGCAGUGACACUGCAGAAGAAGUGUGCACGGGGCAGACAGGAGCCCACGUGCUGUGGCCGAAAGAAACCACUGGCUACCUGGGGAAUUGAAAGGAAUUCAGUUGUGCUGACACUAACGUCAGUACAGCCACAAAGUCAACAGGAACCCAAAAUCUCCUGUUCACUUGGCUUUAUCCCCACGUACACGGCACGCUUCUGUGUGGAUGAAAGAGCAACUGUGCUUUUAAUACGCUAUACUCCACUCAUCUCCCCAUCACCCCAGGAUGACGAGGCCUUAGAAAAAGGAGAGAUAUAUUCGGCAGUAAGAUUGUUCUUCUGUGUGAGCUACCCCUGCGUCUGCAGACGGCAAGCACUGACUGUUUGGGAGGCCCCUCUGCUGAGGGCCUUCUUGCCCCACGACCGGGAGAAGACACCCCACACCCCGCUUUGUCCUCUGCCCUUCCCGAGCGCACAGUUAGACUCUCAUGUCAGCUCUGGGCACCCGGGAUCUCUGUGUAGACGCUGCCUCUGGAACAAGCGCUGA